AACAUGCGAUCCCAUGGUGGCCGAUGCUAUUCGAAAGAAAGUAAAUCCAGUGGCAAGGGUCAGCCAACAUAUGGGAAUUUACUGCUUGGUAUUCCUGUUAUAACGUUUUGCUUGGGGACAUGGCAAGUUCAAAGGAGAAAGUGGAAGCUAGGCCUAAUUGAAGAAUUGCAGGCAAAAACUACAGCUACACUUGUUCCCCUGCCUUUAAACCAUGCAGAACUGAAAGAGUUGGAGUGUUGCAGAGUGAAAGUAAGAGGUACAUUUGAUCAUUCUAGUGAGGUGUACUUGAUGCCGAGGCAGCUGAAUUGCACAUCAAGUGAGAACCCAGGAGGGGGAAUAUUUUCUUCUCAUGGUGAAUCUGGAGUACAAGUGAUUACUCCAUUUCAUUGCACAGAAUUAGGGACAACAAUUUUGGUGAAUCGAGGGUGGGUUCCCCGGAAUCGAGUAAACCCAGAAACAAGGUCAGGUGGACAAAUAUUUGAUGAGGUGGAGGUGGUCGGUUUUGUCAGGUCAACCGAAAAGAGAGCACCAUUUAUGCCAAAUAAUGAUGAGAAAAAUAAUCGCUGUCACUUUCGUGAUCAUGAGGCUAUGGCGGCAUAUGUAGGGGCGGUGCCUAUAUUAAUUAACAAUGAUCUUGAAAGCAGUGUUCCUGGAGGGCCAAUUGGUGGUCAGACACGUGUUAAACUGCGUAAUGAACAUCUUCAAUAUAUUAUAAAAUGGUAUAGUUUGUCCAUAGCCACAACAUUGCUUUGGUAUUAUGGAAUAUUUAGAAAAAGAAAAGUGUAGUCUGUGAAAACACCCUGAUUAUUAUCAAAAAAUAUUGGAGAAAUAAUUAUAGUAGUGGUGGUUGUUCUGCUAUUGAACUUAUUUGACAGCCCAGUUGAAUACAUACAGUACUGCAAGACCACAGCUUUUGCCUUAAUCAACUGGCAGUGUACAUGGUGUACUUCAUAUUGAUACCCAGCAGGCAAUGAUAAAGUCGUCAGAUGAUGUACAUGAGACAACAGAUCACUGUGUGCCAGACAGGCCCUAUAAGAAUCAUCACCAUGUUGCUAUGACAUGUUGACUGUACGUACACCAGUGUACAUACCAAAACAAUUGUACAUGUUGCCAGGUUUUUGUUUGUCAGGAUCAAUAAAUCUGCAACAAACUUUAGUGAACUGUUUGGGAGCCAAGUCUAACUAUAAAUCGAUCACCUCUUUGUAUUAAAAGAGAGAAAACAAAACUAUUGCUUCAGGUGUACUUACCGAAACAACUGUACAUGUUUCCUGGUUUAUGUUUGUCAGGAUCAAUAAAUCAGGAAUGAACUUUAGAGAACUGUUAGGUAGCCAAGUCUAACUAUAAAUCGAUCACCUCUUUCUAUGAUUAUUAAAAGAUACAAAAAAAUCUAUUGCUUCAGGUACAUACUGAAACAACUGUACAAGUUGUCAGGGUUUUUUUUUUAAAUACCACGAUUACCACCAUCAAUAUUAUAAUAUGAACUAGUAACAAUUUCAACUUAUCUGUACCUAUUCUCGAACUGAGUUUUGGGCAACCAUCAAUCAAGUUUUUCCACAAACUUCCAGGCAUUCUUUGUAAAAGAAUUUUGAAGAAUUUAUAUGUGUUUGGUGCGUUAUAUUAUACUGUACAUUAAAUAUAUAAUUUAUUAUAAUGAGUUUUGAACGACAUUGUAUUCAAAACUGCUUACAUAAAAUUUUGUGUUUGACGAAAUAAUAAUAAUCGUAUCAAAUUAUAUUUAAAAUGAAACUAGUAAA